ACGCUCCUCCAUGCAAAGAAGAAGAAGAAGAAGAAGAACGAAAAUAGUUUUUAAAAAUUUCUGAAUUCUUAGUGUUGAAGCAUGGGAGCUUCUGCAAAAUGGAUAAAAUCACUGAUCACUCUCAGCAAAUCCCGCUCCAAACAUCCCGAGAAGGAGAGUGUGAAAAGCAGGCUGUGGAAGCUAUGGAGGAGCGGAUCCGGGGGGUUCGCGACGCCGUCUUCCAGAGCCGGAAAAGGAAUGAAGUAUCUGGAAGAUUCCGAAAGAUCAAUAUCUUCGUUUGUAUCUGACAGCGCUUUGGCUGCUGCCAUGGCGACUGUGGUUAGGGCUCCGCACAAGGAUUUCGUCCUGAUCAAGCAGAAAUGGGCUGCAAUUCGAAUCCAGACCGCGUUUCGCGGUUUUCUGGUAAUUUCCGCUGAUUUUCAUUUCAAUUUUACAGUGGCAAGACGAGCUUUGAGGGCGUUGAGAGCAGUGGUGAGGAUACAAGCAAUAUUUCGCGGUCGACAGGUUAGGAAUCAAGCUGCUGUGACAUUAAGGUGCAUGCAAGCUCUUGUUCGAGUUCAAGCUCGAGUUAGAGCUCAAUCUGCUCAGACACCUCUCCAAUCUACAAAAACCCAAGUUGAUCCCAUCAAGCAAGCUGAGAAUGGAUGGAGGGAUAGCCCCGGAUCAGUGGAAGAAGUGAGGUCUAAAUUACAAAUGAAGCAAGAAGGAGCCAUAAAGAGAGAGAGAGCAAUUGCAUAUGCCAAUUCUCAACUGAAACCAAGAACAAGCAAGAAGGUGACUCCAAAUAUGGUGGACAAGAGCCAUGGGGACUUUAACUGGCUGGAUAGGUGGGUGGCAACUAAGCCAUGGGAGAGCAGAUCUGUGGUAGACACUGACUCAUCUGGCUCUGCUGUUGAAUCAUCCUUGAACCCAUCAAGACAUAAUUCAGUGAAGAUCAGAAGAAAUAACAUUUCUACAAGGAUAUCAGCAAAACCACCAGUGAGCUGCCAAUUAACUGGUGCAUUAUCUGAUCAGUGCCCUGGGUAUCUGUAUGAUGACAGCACAACCAGUCAUUCAUCCAUGUCCUCGAACGAAACGAAUGCAUAUAGCACAUCAGAAGAGGGGAGAAACAGCAAACCAAGUUACAUGAGUCUCACACAGUCUAUUAAGGCAAAGAAUAAGCAGCAGAGAACACAUAAUUCUCCCUCCAAGAGCAUACAGAGGCAUUCAACAGAUGAUUUUCAGUUGUGUAGGAAAUCAAGCCCACUUUCUUCUAGGGGAUUGACAAGGAGAAGUGCUGAUAAUGUGAAGAGCCUGUGCAAGGAUCUGUACCCGCCUAUGCAGUUAUACAGAUGAUGAUAUCAAAAUUGGAAGAAGAGAAUUGAUUUGAUUGGAAGAAUCAUGAAAUGUUUUUUUUUUUUUUUAAGACUUUAGUGUUUAUUUAUGGUUACCCCUGGCUAGGUUGGAUCUCAACAUCUUGUUGUAUUGAAACUGAUAGGUUAAAGAAUGAGAGAGUAUAUGUGUAUAUCAGUAUAUGUUUCAUACAAUUAUAAUAUGAUAACAUGUAAUGAGUGAGUUUGUUUACCAUGUACAAGUUUUUUUCAGA